AAGAAUCCCUCCUCCCUCUUUCCUUCUCUUCUUUCUCAUUCAAACGCCGCAACUCCUGUUGUGUCAGUUUUUUAUCUCCCUUCCUCCAACCCACCGCCGGGAAAUGGCCGGGGAGGAUCAGCAGCAGGUGCUGUAUUUCUUGGUGCUCCUAAACUAUUCCUCUGCUUUUUUGACCUUAAGAAGAUGUGAAGUGUUACAUACGGAGAUAUAAGUGGAUUGGUUUUGAAGAAGGCGAGUUAAAAACAAAAAAAAAAGCAAAGCCUAUAAUAAUGGUGUAAGUUAUCCUAUACCUCUCAUAGGAGAACUAAUGAAUUCUUUUAUGAAUAGUUUGUAUUGCACAUCCACAGCUGCACCUAGAAAGGAGAGGCAAUGUUUAACUGAGUUUGAAGUAGGUGGCUGGACUUGGACAUCUGCAAGCAAACAGUUGGGAACUUACUGAAGUGGCCUUCCUUUUCAACAUAAGACCCUCAGAAAUUCGCAUUAACUCAAGACAAGGGAAAUUAUGCCGGGACUCAGCCCUCUUUAGCAUAUAUAUGGAUGGGGCCUGACGGCAAGUAGCUCUGUACUGGUGUUGGCUCAACGCAUGAGAGAACAAAUGGGAUGCCACCAUUUUACGCCGCCGAUAAAAGGGACUAACAUUAGUCUACAAUCUCUCUUGCAAGAACUUCUGCAAAGAAGUUCAUUGAUGCAGGGCUAAGGGUGCAUGCCCUUGAUUGCAUGGUUCUGUGACUCAGACCUUCAAACAACCCGGAGGAUCUCGGCAAGCACGCCUUUUAACGCGAAAAGCGCACAGGCCGACGCUUAUGCGAACUCGCUUCGGCCCCAUGGCGCCGAAGCGAAUAAUUCCUCAGCCAUCUCAGCAAAGCGACAAGCGAAAGCAGACUCGCUUGUCGCCGGAGGGUGGCCCAAAAGAUGACCAGGGUGUCAGCUGCGAGGUCUGGCGGACAGACGUUUGAGGAGGUUUUUGAUGUCGAGGCCCACAUGAGGAAGCAUAAAGACUCCUUCACUUAUUGGUGCAGUGUCUGCGGGAGGAGAUCUCAGGAAGUGUCCUUUCGGUCUCCUCGGUUAAGAAACCACAUGAGAACGCACACUGGGAAGCCCGGCUCCCGGAGCAAGACCGCCCAAGGUUCCGACAGCCCCAUAACAAUCAAUGAGGUUGUACAAGACCAAGUAUCUGAAAGCAUUACAUCGCCUUAUAAAAUCUGCAUGGUUUGUGGCUUCCUAUUUCCAAACAAGGAGACUUUAAUAGAGCACAGUAAAGUUCAUACCAAAGAUUCCUCAGCCAAUGGCGAUGGCCCACAGGCUGAUGGAGGCGGCAAAGGAAGUAGAUCCCCCAGAGAGGAGUUCCUGCAGUUCUUAAACUUAAAGCCACGUUUGCCUUCCGACGACAGCAAAAUGGAAAAACCUGUGAAAUGGAUUGCAGAAUUGGAUCCGUUCAGUACGUACCAGGCGUGGCAACUGGCUACCAAAGGUAAAAUUGCUAUUGGCCAUGGGCAAAUAAAAGAACCAGGGCAAGAAGGAAGUACAGACAAUGACGACUCGUCUUCGGAUAAAGAAGAGCUUGGGGAGAUCUGGCGUGCAAGCAAAGCAAACCAGGCUGAAAGUACAGGGAAAAACAAGGCUAUACACCAAAGCCGAAGCUACGCUAAGGCUUGGGGAAUGGACGCAUACGCUAUCAAAUUCAAGUGGCAUCCCGGGCGCUGGCGCCCUUCUAUAGACAUGCUGGAUCCGAAACUGUCCUUACAGAACAAAGAGAAGCUCCACAUAAUACAUGGCGCUACAAGAGUGCGGUAAAGCCUCUUCUCGAAUCCUACCUACCCAGCUAGUCCUUUCACCUCGGAGGGCAUUACAAAGCUUCAGACCGGGCGGAAUGACCCGGAAGCCGCUGGCCCUGCCGAAGCAAAGCAACCCAGGUCGUGCCUUGUGGAUGUAGUCUCUCUGGAUGAGAACGGAGCAGUUGGAGCCGCAGCUGGAGGGAGGUCUCAAGAUGCCUCCAGGAGGAUGGACUGACAGGAGGCUUUAGAUAAAAAUGGCGACGGUAUGGAAAGAGCAAAAGUUAAAAACCUGGGGGCCUCCAGAGAGUGCAGCUACUGUGGGAAGUAUUUCCGCUCAAACUAUUACCUCAACAUUCAUCUCAGAACUCACACAGGUGAAAAGCCGUACAAAUGUGAAUUUUGCGAAUAUGCAGCAGCCCAGAAAACAUCUUUGCGGUAUCACUUGGAGAGGCAUCACAAGGACAAAAACACAGAAGGGGCAGCCGACGUGAAAAAUGACCAUAAAGAGUUGCUACCUACUCAGGAGACGGGCUUCUUACCAAUCACCAGUAGUUCUCCCGAAACCAAAAAUCUGAAACGGCUCCUUGAAGAUGCCAAAGAUGCUAAAGGAAGCCCCCCUGCUAAGCAGCAGAAAGAGACUUUUGCUUUCUUUCAGAGCACAGCGAACAGCGUAACUCAGAACCCAAGCAACGGUGCUGGCUCUAGUGGCUUAAAAGAGCGUGUUCCAGUUCCCUGCCUUGAAAAACUGAAAUCUGAAGAGAGAACGAUGGAACCCCAGGCAAGAAAUUACGGGAUCGAUAGGGCUGAGACCAGGAGCUCUGUGUUGCCAGACAGCAUGGUUUAUGCUGGUCCUCUGAAAGGUAGAAUGAGCAUGAAUCUUUUGAGAGAUGCCACAGAAGAUUCAAAAUGCAAGCUUAUAGCUCAAGACAAGCCUUUAAAUUUAUCCACUGGAUCGUCCCAAGAUGCUUCGGUAAUCUCUCUCUGCCGAGGAUCUUUGGCAACCAGCACCUGCCCAUUUUGUACUUACCGGACGUUAUAUCCAGAGGUCCUGAUAAUGCAUCAGCGGUUGAUGCAUAAAUAUAACCCUGAGACUGCUAGUAAGAACGGUAUACGGAACAGGGCAGCUAUUAAAGCACGGCGUACUGGAUGCCCGCCUUUCCUUCUGGGCAAAGAUGUCCUCCCCCUGCCUCUUCACCCUGUAAAAACCAAGGCUUCCCUGCCCGCCCAGUCAAAAUCCUCACAUGCGGAAAAGGUCAAACAGGGUCCCGCCAUCCAGAGCAAAGCGUCCAUUCAAUCAGGGCUCGGGUCCAGUAACUCAGCACCGAGCAACUUGAAAUCCUGCAAAUUGCAGAUGGUUGGUGUUUCGGCGAAUAGCUUCAGACAUCAUGAAUUACAGCAUGGGUCUAGCGCUGCUGGGGCACAGGAUAGAGGGAGGCGGCUGGACUCCAAAGCAAGAGGAUUGGGUUCUCAAUUAAGUGUAGCGAGUACGAACAUCAGUGGCUCUCCUGAGACUUCUGUGAACGAAGCUGCCUGGCCAAGUGGUCGCGGAAUAGAGUUUCUCAGCAACAGACCCAUGGGAAAUACAAACCUGGAGUUCGAUGGACCGUCCUCUAAAAGAGCAAGGCCCAAUCUCUCGGCUCUGGAACAGAUGGAUUCGGCCCUGUAUCGGAGAAGAAACGAUUCAGGAAGGAUUCAUAUAGCAGGCCGAAAUGCAAGCCUGCUACCUCAGGAAUGUGCACACACCAAACCCACAUCCUCUUUCCUGCCUGUCAGGCAAGGCCUUGUGAGCUCUGAAGUAGAUGCUAUAAAUCCUGUGACUAUUCUAAAGCCAUAUGAAACAUACGGUCCUGGCCCAUAUUACAGUUCUUGUGGAUCAAGCAGUGGCCAGCUUCCGAGCUCUUCAAAAGAAGGAAAAAGGCCAGUGUCUUAUCAACAUUUAUCCAGCACUAUGCUACAAAAGCGAAAUUAUGAGAGUCUUCUUGGUGCUCCACAUUAUCGGCCAAACGACAAGAAAACAUGAUUUGACUUGAAUGAAUGAUAAGAGGCUGCAACCUUGGAUUUCCUUGCAGUUCAGUCCUGGAGAAGAACGGAUAACGAAAGCUACAAAACUUAAACUGUGAUUGUACUGCGUAUAGAGAGAAAACACUACAGUUUAUGAAAUGGAAGGUGUGAUCCCAUUUGCACCAUGUGGAUGUAAACAUGGCGGUCUGAAAAUUGUGUCAGAGAACUGGAAAAUGGGUGUGUCGAUUUUGCUGAUCUUGAAUAAUAUUUUUCUUAGAAUGAUCAUAGACCAAAUAUCCAGCAUAAACUAUAUUUUUGCAUAACUCAAAUGCUGCUGAAGAGAGAGACCCACUUUUUGAAGCUUCAUGUAACCCUUGCACCUCAGGUAAAUCUGUGCAUUGUCUGGUUUCCAUACUGGGAGGCAUUUUUUUUAUAAAGGGUAGCAAGUUUGUCAGGUUUUGCUUUGUGCUUUAAACUAUGUAUAUUUUUAAACGAUUUCCGGAUCAGUUAUGUACUUUUAUGUUCACCUUAUGCUCAGUUGAAAUAUUCCAGAGUAGGUCAGGGAUGUCAACACCAUGUAAGGAUGACUCCCUAAUCAACAGUGAGUUUUGCUUCCUCAAAUUUAUGAUGUUUCCUGAAUGUCCAUUCUCGAAAUUCUGAGGGCAUCUCUGCAAAUAGAGAGGGAGACUCCCUUCUCGCCUCUCACUUUUGCCAUCUGAUCUCAAUCGUCUCCUUGCUACAUGAGCUGGGGGUGUUUGGAAGAAUGCUUUCUAGCCUCUAGGUAUUCUGGAGAGUUACACAGUCAGGGUUACAUGACACAGAUUUCAUGUGUUACUUACCACUCCCUAAAUAUUCAGCAACAAGCAUAGGUACCAAAUGUGUCCGAUGGUUUCCUUUGGAAUAAUCCACGAUAAUAAAUCUUGUUGAUAUGAGAGCCUGUACAUACCCAGCAAGCUAACCAUGUCAAAAAUGUUGUAAGUGGCCCAAAAGGGACCCAUAGGACACAAUUCAGCCGCUUUCUCUGUGGUCCUUUCCCAAGGCAGAGACUGUUUAGCACUGGGCACACUACCAUGCUCCAGUUGGUGCAUUUUAUGGAAGGCCUGUGGCCCAUUGUAGGCUGUUCAUCUGAGCCUUCCCAUUGGCGAGUCAGUGAUCGGCACGUUUCAGAAUAUCCAUCGUUCCUUCAUCUCUGGCCAUUGCCUAAACAGCUGGAAGGGCUUCAUGAUUUCCCUAUGAGAGUACCAUCCUAUGCAUGCAGGGUUGUGAGCUGCACACACGACAAGGAGGUAGAUCCUUCCUCAGGUAAGUUUGAUAUCUAUUAAAGAUCAGUUACCUGUCUCAAUAAAAAGGCAAGAACAAAAAUCCUACUUCAUGUGACAGAAGACUUGAAUGUUCCCAGCCGUACAGUUGCGUUCUAUGUUCUGAACAAUUUGUGUGUGGAAAAGAUUGGGCGGGGCGGGGGGGGUGUGUGAUUUUGACUUCCAAAUGUUCCAGGACAACAUAGUUUCAAAAAUAUUUUGCACUGUUCCUUUUUACUUUAUAUCAGAUGUAAAAUAGCGAAGUAUAAAUGUCCCGGGAGGUUUUUCCUCCCCCCCCCCCUUCCAAUAUGCAACUUGGAGACAUUUUAAACGUAUGUCUUACUUCCUGUGUAUUAAGGAAUAUAUAAUUUUGAUGUCUCUGUAAAACUGGCAAUGUAAUGAAGUGCUGUGUAUCAGGAAAUUGUACACAAUUUACCCUUUUCCUGUUCAUAAGCUGAGCCAUAUGUACAUAAAAUCUAGAUUUGUUUUCCUAGUUUUGCACUUUUAUAGCCUAUUUUUCAAAGAUGAAUUCACAUGGAAGAUGGUUAAUCUAUUUUUGCCGAUCCCUUCGAGUCUUAUAUAGAAUGUGUGUUCCAUGACUUGUCUGCUGUUCCUUUUAAAAGUAACAUCUCUUUACAAAUCUAAAAGACCAGGGUCUGACUUUAAUUAACAUCGCCAAAUCAGUUUGUUUUUUUAAAAAUUAAUCUCCUGUUUGUAUUGGUGCAGUUUUUCAGAAGCUAUGGGGCGUUGUUGUUUUUCCUGAGCUGGUGGGGCAGGGGAGCAAAGAAGAAUGCGAUCUAUAGCUUUUGAUCAUGACUUGGGGCGUCUUCCACAAGUCCUGUAUGUUGUGUGAAGAGAGCCAAUAUGGCAAUGGUCCCAUAAAGGUAAAUACCCCAGGGUUCGGCUCCUUGCCUCGCCAGCAUUACACCAUAUUCCUAGAAGGGUAUCGAGGUAGGACUGCAGAAGCCAUAGCCCAAGCUCUUCUUACACAGCCCAACAUUUCUGAUGUUGCGUUUACAUUACAAGCAGCAGUGGAUCCCAUGCUGUGAAAGUAACACGAAAAGAGGCCCUUUCUACCAGUCCCCUGGACCAUUCCCCCGAAGCAUUUCUGCAUGGAAGAGCCACGGAAGUCCUGUGAAAAGGCACAGAUUUGCUUGGGGAGUGUUUGGAAGGUUGUAUCCUUCGUCUCCAAAGUAGGUUUGCCCAUCAGUAUUAACUAUGGGAUACUACUGGGGGGGGGGGGUCCCCCCUUUAUUUUCACUGGCAAUAAGUAUACUGGUACAAGUUGUUGCUUUGUUAUAUUUAUUUUCUUCCUCUCUGAUUUAUUUUAAUUGUGAAACUUUUAAGUUGUCAAGCUGUAAACACCAUACGAUUCAUUUAAUUUAUGAUGUGUUUUCAGUUUAGCAGAAUACGUUAUUACAUGCGGAUGUAAAUAUAGACUUGGUGUUUUUGCAAA